AGCGGCAAGUAACUCCGACGUUCAUUUAUUUCCCCAUCUUAAACUCCGCCUGCUACUGCUUCUCCCUCUCACUCUAAUGGCGGCGGCGACUCACCUUCACACAUCCCCAAAUCCUAAAACCCCAACGCCCUCUCCUCCUCUCUGGUUCUCUCCCCUCACCGGUAUCUACACCAGCAAACACCCUUCACUCCACCUCCCAACCGACCCCAACCUCGACGCCGUCUCCGCCCUCUUCUCCCACAUUCACACCAUCCACGAUCCCGCUUCCUCCGCCUCCGCCGCGGCCUUCGUCGACUCCUCAACCGGAUUCACCAUAGCUUACGCCGAGCUCCAGAUCACGGUCAGAUCAAUCGCCGCGGGGAUCCACCACGACCUAGGCCUCCGACAAGGCGACGUCGUCUCCCUCGUCCUCCCCAACUCCCUCUACUUCCCGCUCCUUCUCCUCUCGCUCAUCUCCCUCGGCGCCGUCGUCACCACCAUCAACCCUUCGAGCACCCUGGGGGAGAUCAAGAAGCAGGUGAGCGAGUGUAACGUCUCCGUAGCGUUCACUUCUCGCGAAAGCGUCGAAAAGCUUGCUUCUUUAGGGGUUACGGUGAUAAGGGUCCCCGAAAGUUUCGAUCUUGAUUCGAUCCGGAUCGAGAACUACCCGAAGUUUUACUCCAUCGUCAGAGGAGGUUUCGGGAGCGUGCCUAAGCCGUUGGUUAAGCAAGACGACGUGGCUGCGAUUAUGUACUCGUCCGGGACCACGGGAGCUAGCAAAGGAGUUAUGUUGACUCACAGGAACUUGAUCGCGUCGAUGGAGCUCUUCGUGAGGUUCGAAGCUUCUCAGUACGAGUAUCCAGGCUCGAGGAAUGUUUAUCUCGCGGCUCUGCCUCUGUGCCAUAUCUACGGGUUGUCGCUCUUUGUGAUGGGGCUCUUGUCUGUUGGAUCCACCGUUGUUGUUAUGAGGAGGUUCGAUGUUUCCGAUGCUGUUGAUGCGAUCGGGAAGUUUAAGAUCACUCAUUUCCCUGUUGUCCCUCCGAUGCUGAUGGCGUUGACGAAGAAGGCGAGAGGAGUUUGUGGGGACGAGGCGUUUAGAAGCUUGAAGCAGGUUUCUUCUGGAGCAGCUCCGUUGAGCAGGAAGUUCAUUGAGGAUUUCCUUGGGGCUCUUCCUCAUGUUGAUUUGAUACAGGGAUAUGGAAUGACUGAAUCAACUGCAGUUGGUACGCGAGGGUUCAACUCUCAAAAGGUUAGGAAGUAUUCUUCGGUGGGACUACUUGCUCCAAAUACGCAAGCAAGGGUUGUAGAUUGGAGCUCUGGCUCUUUCCUUCCACCAGGUAACCGAGGAGAGCUCUGGUUACAAGGUCCUGGAGUCAUGAAAGGAUACUUGAAUAACCCGGAAGCAACUGAGAUGACAAUUAUUGAAAAAAGUUGGCUACGGACUGGGGACAUUGCUUAUUUUGAUGAAGAUGGUUACCUGUUUAUUGUUGAUCGUAUGAAAGAGAUUAUCAAGUACAAAGGUUUUCAGAUAGCACCAGCAGAUUUGGAGGCUGUUCUUGUUUCACAUCCUUUGAUUAUCGAUGCUGCAGUAACAGCUGCCCCAAAUGAAGAAUGUGGAGAGAUUCCGGUAGCAUUCGUUGUGAGGAGACAAGAAACAACACUUACAGAACAAGAUGUAAUAAACUAUGUAGCUGCUCAGGUUGCGCCGUACAGGAAGGUGAGGAAAGUGGUGAUGGUUAGCUCAAUACCAAAGUCUCCAACUGGGAAGAUAUUGAGAAAGGAACUAAAGAGAAUAUUGACAAACUGUGUUUCUUCAAGACUAUGAUUCUUCCAUAAUCUUUGUUUCAUCUUUUUGGGUAAUCUAUAUAUAAUAGCAAACCCACUUUGACAUCA